AAUGAGGGCAAUGGGGAAGGAAGAGGCUCCGACAGGGCGUUGUCAUCUUGGCAGUGUUGUCAUCGCGGUCGGUAUUUCACUUCCCUGACGCGUUCAGGGAAUGCAGGUGGCAUGAGCAAUCCCCGCAUUUAAGUGUCCAUGCGUUAUUUGCUCUGCCGUUAUUUUCAGCUCCCGCUGGUUGCUACCGUCUCAGAGAAAUGAACACAGCAGAAGUUGUGCUCAGAGUUGUGUGUUAAUGGGAACUGGUUCAGGUGUUUGGCUGCCACACAGGCCUGCAGCUUUGGCCUCUUCUGGCCUCAGAGGGUUUGCCUAGCUGCAUGAGGGGCAGCUCCUGCAGCACAUACAACUUCACACGUUUCAGCUGUGUUUUUGCUUACCUCCAAAACUCAUCCUUUUUUCUUUUUUGUAGAGUAAAAGCAACAGAAUCUAUCUGUAAAUAAGGAACUUCAUGCAGCCAAACAUCCUUCAUAGUCUUAAUUUCUCAUGGCAAUUUUGUCAUUCAUAGUUUGUUUUUAUACUCACAGAAUCGUAAAAUAUCUCAAGUUGGAAGGAAACAAAGGGAUCGUAGAAACAUCAAGGCUGGAAGGGACUACCAAGACCAUCUAGUCCAACCCCAACCCGCUACCACCAUGCUCAAUAACCAUGUCCUUCAGUGCUGCAUCCACAUGCUGCUUGAAUGGUGACUCCAGCACCUCCCGAGGCAGCCUGUUCCAAUACCUCACCGCUCUUUCUGAGAAUAUUUUUUUUUCCUAAUAUCCACCCUCAACCUCCGCUUAAACUUAAAUUGGCAGCUUAAAGCCAUUCCAUCUCGUCCUGUUGCAGUUACCUGGCAGAAGAGGCUGACCCCCAUCCCACCACCUAUCUGGUCAUUGUAGAGAGCAGUAAGGUCUCCCUUGAGCCUUCUCCAGGCUUGUCCAGUCCCUUCUAACACUCCCCAUAAAGCUUGUGCUCCAGACCCUUCACCAGCUUCAUUGUCCUAACUGAUGAUCCUUUGCUGGAUCAUCAAGUCCAGCUCCUAGUUCCACACAGGACCACCCAAAAUUCCAACUAGAUUUCUAUAAUUUUCUGUGAAGCGGACUGACAUAGAAACGUGUAUCAUGAUUUAGCUUCCUCCAAAGAGAGCAUAUUCCUAUGGAAAAUAAUACUAACUUCAAAUGGCUGGGUCAGGUAGAGGAAGAGGACGUGCUUCAUUUACAUUCAACAUUGAAGCCAUUGGCUUCUCUAAAGGUGCAGUUCUACCUGAUGUUGUGUGUAAGCCUCCACCGCUAUUUCCUAGUACAGAAAAUAAGCCAGUGCCUCUGAAAACAGGAGACGAUGAAGAUUACAUGUUGGCCUUAAAACAAGAUUUUAGAGGAGCUAUGAAAAAAAUGCCAUAUUUUUUGGCAGUAGAAGAAGAUCAUGAAGCAAUUGAAAGGUACAGUAAAAAGUACAUGGAUGAUGAAAAGGAGCAUGCAGCAUGGACUCCAGAUUGGAGAAGACUUCCAAGAGAGAUGAAGCCAAGGAAAAAGAUGAAGAAAGCAGGUGCAAAACCAAAAAAGGCAAAGAAUUCUGAGCCUAAAAGUAACGUGGAUGUGUUGAAAAAAAUUGAGGAGUUGGAAAAGAAAGAUGAUGAAGAAGAAAAAUCUGAUGAUGAGAAAGACAGAACAAAAGAUAAAGAAGGUGAAGAUGAUGAAGAAGCUGAAGAGCCAGAAGAAUAUGAUGAAGAGGAACAUGAAGAGGAAAAUGACUAUAUUUCUUCAUACUUUGAAGAUGGAGAUGACUUUGGUGCUGGCAGUGAUGACAAUAUGGAUGAAGCAACGUACUAGCUGUUGUUGCUAGGAGGUGUACUGUUCAUGAAAUAGAAUCCUGGAGGUAGGCUGAGUAUUACUGACAGAACUAAUGCUUCAGAUCUUUUGGGUUUAAGCUUACUCUCCGAAAACAUAUGGAACAAUUUUUUGUAAUUGUUUUUCGCUGUAAAAUGGGAUCCCAGAUCCCACAUUUUGUUCAUUUGCCAUGUUUUGCAGAUAUGCACUUUUUAAAGCUUCUCUGAGAUGCCUACUGAUGCCAAUACAUGGCCUCUGCACAGAAAAAGAAUGUAUCCAUUUUUGUCGAAUUGUGCCUAAGCAUUUGCACUAGUCAGUUCUGUGCUUUAGCUGUGAAAUUCCUCAUAACUGGAGCAAAGCAAAAAUAAAGCCGUUACGGAUGAAAGCUGCCCAUACUUAGCAGCUGACUUGUUUGAAGGAAUUCGCAUUAACUUCUGAAUUCAGGGGACUGAAAAUAAUUGACCACUAAGCACUUUAAUGUAAACUGACUUGAAAGAAUUGUAGGAAUACAGACUACCAAGGUAAUAAGUAUUUUGAAGAGGUACUGUUCUAGUCAGCAGAACUCUUACCUUUAGUAUAUUAUUUAAAAGGAAUGAUAAUAUUUAACAAUAUGUUUACAUUGCCUGUAUGCAUCAGUAUAAGUGAUUAUUAGGGGUAAUUUCAUUUAGAAAGAAUACGUGACAGAAUUUAAGAUUGAGAAAGUAUGCAAUUGUGUUUUCAACAGUAGCAUGCAGUUUGAAGGCAUAAGAGUUUUACUAGCUCCUCAGUUUUUCUGCCUGUUACGGCAAUAUUAACUUUCCUACCUCACAGAGCUGUUAAGUGAGAUAGCAGAUUAUAUCCAUGCAAAGAGGCAUUUACUUACUUUUCUACAAAACAAACAAAAUUUACAGAAUGAAAACUAAUAAAAAAGCACAUACAUUUCUCAUGCAAGAGAAAUAUGUGGUAAAGCAUGUUGAUUGUGAAAAAUUAGGAAAACAUGAGUGCUCAGAAUAGGAAAACUACAAUGUUUAGAAACUUUUUAAAGAACCAACAGCCAAAAUGUAAAAAAUUUAUUCCUGAGUUUAGAAGCUAGAGGAACACAGUGACAGAGCAGUCUCUGUGUCCCUUUGUCCUUUGACUAUAUAAAAUAUUUAUCAAUGUUAUAAUUUAUCAGUUUCAUUGUAACAUGAAUGUGCUGUUCCUUCUAACAGGUUCUGUUGGCAGGACUAAUGAAAAUAAAAUGUUUUAAGAGCAAGCCAAUUCUUUUGUCAGUUUUCUUUGGAAGUGUGGCAUUUUGUCAAGUGGCGCUUUACCUCACUGCUGACUAGAAAGUCAUACUGCAUUAUUCUGUGGACUCCUCCCUGCAAUAAGAUGGUGCAUUCUGCUAAAUUAUAUAUCAGUUCUAAAGGAAAUUAAAAUGCAAUGUAUGUCACACUUCAGAGGUAAACUAAUUGCAUUUUGAAGAACAUUCAAUAAACAGUCUGCUAAAUUAUAUAGGAAAUGUAUUCUGUUCAUUUUCUUUUGGCAACAUACAUACUAGCAGUUGUUUCUUCAACAGAUGUGCCCAUUUUAUCUAUGUGGUACAUAACAGAAGGCACUGUAAACAAGGCAACCAUGUUGAAAGGUAAACAAUGAGAGAAUCCCUGCAACUUGCAUAAGGAAAACAAAUAGAGUGCUUUUGCCAAGGGCAAAAGAACCAGAGGGUAAACACUGGAAAAGCAAUACUGCAUGUGUUAUAAUUUGGCCACUGCUGUGGCUAGCUUGAGCACAUGACUCUUCUUUGGAACAGGGGACUUUCUUCAUUCAUCACCUUUAAAAGGUUAACUAUGGUCACAUCUGUUCUACACAGAAGCAAUCACCGUGUCUCAGGAUAGAUCUUCUAGACUAGUUUAACAAUGGUAGAUAAGGUCAAAGCUUAAGAACAGCCUGUGCCCUGUGUUAAGUAGUUUCUGAAAUGGAAUGAGGUUGUAUUGUUUCAGAGCCGUAAUGCUCACAGCUGUUCUUGUAAGUUGAUAUUUCUAAUUGCUUGGAAUUUAUUCCAAGACCAUGAUGUUUAUAAAAUGUAGACUGUUUGCUGGGUCUAGAUCUAGCCGAGGCUGGAGUUGAAGGACAGCUAAGCAAGUGUGUGUGUGCUUACCUUCUUUCUGGGGUUAAGCUAGGACACUAACUUAAUUUUUCAUUCCUAUU